AGAGUCUUCAUUGAUCUUCUUCACCCUCAAAGCCACCAUACCAAACAGCUCUAGUCCUUUCACGCGUCCCCACAAAACUACUUAUACACACAAAGUGCUAGCACAUCUUCACAUCUUCUCAUCUUCUCGUCUUAUUAUCAAGUGUUACCCAAUUCCACAUUUGCAGUACUAACAUUCUUGUGUUGCCCGGCCAUGAUUAAUUGCAAUGUGUAUGAACUCAUUUUCAAGCGUUUUGAUGAAGAUGGUGAUGGGAAACUCUCUCCUUGGGAGCUUCAACGCUGCGUGGGGUCGAUAGGGGAGGAGCUGCUAAUGGAGGAGGCCCGAGAAGUGGUGGAGUCAAUGGACUCAGACGGAGAUGGGUUGGUGGGGUUGGAGGAAUUUGUGGGGUGGAUGGAGAGAGAGGACGAAGAGAGAAAGAUGAAGGAGUUGAGAGAGGCCUUUGGGAUGUACGAGAUGGAUGGGAGUGGGUGUAUUACUCCCAAAAGCUUGAAGAGGAUGCUGAGCAGACUGGGGGAGUCAAGAAGUGUGGAGGAGUGCGGUGUUAUGCUAAGGCAAUUUGAUGUAAAUGGGGAUGGGGUUCUUAGCUUUGAUGAGUUCAAGCUCAUGAUGCUGUGAUGCUUCAUAAGUAAAAGUGAAUGCGUUAAGUCUUUUUAGGUAGAAAAAGAUUGAUUUGUAAACCAAGAUUCUUUCUAUAAAAAUAGAGGAAUAUAUUCAUUCA